AGCUUUUUUUGGGCUGCCGCCUCACACCGCUUGGCUCAUAUUCAAGUGAUCAUCCCCCAUGCCAUGAUGGGGUUUCCAUUGGUAACUCUUCUGAAUUUUGUACUACUCCCAGAUCUUCUGAGCAGUCAGAAUAGCUGUCAGCAGGGAGCUUGUCACCCAUUGGUUGGAGAUCUGCUUGUGGGACGCAGCCAACAGUUGACUGCUUCGUCUACAUGUGGACUGUUGGGCCCUCAGAAGUAUUGCAUCGUGGGGCACCUUGCGGAUAAGAAGAAAUGUUUCACCUGCGAUUCCAGGCAUCCCUAUCACCCACUUUUCCAAACCAACAGUCACUUUAUCGAAAACGUGGUUACCCAUUCGGAACGCGAUUGGAAGAAGUGGUGGCAAUCUGAAAAUGGUGUCGACCAUGUCAGUAUUCAGCUGGACUUGGAAAACAUGUUUCAGUUCAGUCACCUUAUUCUGAUUUUCAAGACUUUUCGUCCUGCCGCCAUGUUGGUGGAACGUUCCGCAGAUUAUGGUCAAACCUGGAAGGUCUACAGAUAUUUUGCACAAAACUGUGCUGCUGCUUUUCCUGAUGUUCCUUCAAGGCCGCCCAAAUCGGUUGGCGACCUUGUUUGUGACUCCAAGUAUUCAGAUAUCGAACCGUCAACCGAAGGGGAAGUUAUUCUCAAAGUUCUGGACCCCAGUUUUGAGAUAGAAAAUUCUUACGAUCCGCACAUCCAAGAGCUGGUUGCUUUUACAAAUCUGAGAAUCAAUUUUACAAAGCUUCACACGUUGGGGGAUACUUUACUUGGAGAAAAGAAACGGAAUCUUCUGGGAAAAUACUACUACGCCCUUUAUGAAAUGGUUGUUCAUGGGAGGUGCAUGUGCAACGGCCACGCCAGCCACUGUGGACCUGGGGAAAAUCUGCGAGGGGAUGUCUUCCACGAGCCUGGGAUGGUCCACGGAAACUGCCUUUGUGAACACAACACAGACGGUUUGUUCUGUGAACGAUGCAAAGAUUUCUACAAUGACGUCCCUUGGAGGCCGGCUGAAGGAUCCCAGGAAAAUGCUUGCCGAAAAUGUGAAUGCAACGGUCAUUCAGAGAGCUGCCACUUUGAUAUGGCCAUGUACCUUGCUAACAACCGUACCAGUGGCGGAGUUUGCGAUGACUGUCAGCACAACACAACGGGGCAGCACUGUGGACGGUGCAAGCCUUUUUUUUAUCAGGAUCCCCAGAAGGCCAUGGCGGAUCCUCAUGCGUGUGUCCCUUGCGACUGCGAUCCAGAAGGCACUCUGCAAAAUGGGCUGUGCCAGGAUCAUUCGGAUCCUGUCCUUGGAACCAUUGCUGGCCAGUGUCGUUGCAAACCCAACGUUGAAGGUGUCCGUUGUGACAAGUGCAAGCCGCACUACUAUGGAAUAAAUGGAAGCGAUCCGCUCGGCUGUCAGGCUUGCAGGUGUCACUCAGCGGGAAGUUUGCCUUUCUCUGUCUGCAACCCAGAAUCCGGAAAGUGUGUGUGCCAGGAAUUUGUCACCGGACAACGUUGUGAACGCUGUCUUGAAGGAUACUGGGGUCUUGGAAGUCACGUAUAUGGAUGCUCCCCAUGUGACUGUGACAUUGGUGGUGCCUACAAUAACUCGUGCUCAUCUACCGACGGACAGUGUGACUGCCGAUCUAAUAUAGUAGGCCGACAAUGUAGCGAACCAAGUUUAGGCUACUUUUUCUUACCUUUGGAUUAUUAUAUAUAUGAAGCUGAAGAUUCAACGCCUCUCCUUGGACCUCUGCCCUUGAAUCCGGUUUCUUUCAGCAGAAACCCAGCUCUUAAUAUUGUGAUUAAAGAGAUUGUGCCUGGAAAACCUGUGACGUGGUCAGGACUGGGUUUCGUGCGUGUGCGAAGCGAAGCUGGCUUACGUUUUUUGAUCAACAACAUUCCAUUUCCGAUGGACUUUAAUAUCAUCGUCCGUUAUGAGCCAGAGGCUUCAGCUGACUGGAGAGCAACCAUUGUUGUUAAGACUUCUGGUCCUGUAGGAAGCAAACACUGCAAAAACCGAGUUGCUCUGGAAGAACCACGGUUCCUUGAUCUGCCAUCCACAAGGAGAAUUCAGUUGCUAUCUACUCCGAUAUGCUUACAACCCAAGAAAGAAUAUUUGGUAGAUGUCUAUUUUUCCAAGACUUCGGAUCCUGAACUGAAGUCUCAAUCCUCCAUACUGGUUGAUUCAAUCGGACUCCUUCCUGCCAUCGCUUCUGUGGAAAACCUUUGCGAUCAAAACGAUUUAGAGGAGUUUCAACAGUAUCAUUGCGUGGAAAGUGCCUCAGAAAUUGGACCUCACAUCUUACCAGAAACCUGCACAAAACUUAUUGCGAGUUUGUCUGCCCGGAUUCACAAUGGUGCCGUCCCCUGCAGGUGCCACCCGCAAGGUUCUCUGAAUUCCCACUGCACAAAACUUGGAGGCCAGUGCCAAUGCAAACCCAACGUUGUAGGACGCUGUUGCGAUAAAUGUGCAGCUGGAAGUCACAGCUUUGGACCCCAAGGUUGCCUUGCAUGUGAAUGUCAUCCUCAAGGAUCAGUAGGUACCCUGUGUGAUCAGGUGACUGGACAGUGUUCCUGUCGAUCGGAAGUAGCCGGCCAGCGGUGCAAUCAAUGCCUAGUUGGAUAUUUUGGGUUUCCUCACUGUCGUCCUUGUGCUUGCAACGGCUUCUCGGAACGUUGCGAUCCGCAGACUGGAGCGUGUUUGAACUGCACGAGGUUCACCACCGGAUCUAACUGUGAAAGGUGCUUAGAUGGGUAUUAUGGAAAUCCCCUGGGGAGAGAACCUUGUCGUCCGUGCAUGUGCCCGGAUUCCCCAACUGGCAAGAGAUAUUUUGCACAUUCCUGUUUCCAAGAACCCCGGACCAAACGAUUAAUCUGCAAAUGCUUUGUGGGCUAUUCAGGUGACCGCUGUGAUGAGUGCUCCAGUGGGUUCCAUGGAAAUCCAAGUGUACCAGCAGGUCAAUGUCUUCCUUGUUCUUGCAAUAACAACACGGAUGUGGCAGACCCGGAAUCUUGCAACAAGGACACUGGAGAGUGUUUAAAAUGCUUACACAACACUCAUGGGCCAAACUGCCAAUUUUGUAAACCUGGUUACUUUGGAUCAGCACUUCUGAGGGAUUGUAGAAAAUGUAGCUGCAACCUUUUGGGUGUGAACCCAACAAAAUGCCCGCCCGGAAGGGACUUUUGCGCGUGUGACCAGACCACUGGCAAGUGUCCUUGCUCACCUCAUGUGAUAGGUGAGAAGUGUGACCAAUGUGCUCCUGGCUUCUGGAACAUGGCCCAGAGAAGAGGAUGCUGUCCCUGUAGCUGCCAUCCCAAACGUUCCAUAAACAACCUUUGUGAUCAGUUAACAGGCCAGUGUCCGUGUAAAGUAGGCUAUGCUGGAAGACGUUGCGACGUCUGUGCUGAAAAUCAUUACGGCAUCGAUUGUAUCGAAUGUAAGUGUGACAAGGACGGAACUCUGACUCCUGCUUGUGAUAAAGACACUGGAGUGUGUCACUGCCGGACUGGGGUUACUGGAAAGCACUGUGAUCAGUGUGCACGCAAUCACAAUCAGGAAUUUCCAUCUUGUGCUCGUUGCCAUGUUUGUUUUGAUCAGUGGGAUAAUAUCAUGAAUUUGUUGUCUCGGAGAAUUCAAAAAUUGUUGAAAUUUGCUGUAAUGCUAACGGAUAAGAGGAAAACCACACCGGGCUGUGAUUUCAACUUUAGAGGCUAUGAAAAUAAAAUUUCUGACUUGGAAAAGAUCUUGAACAGCCCAUCCCUGUUACCCGAGGCACUCUUGGAUAUUAAAAGAGUGCACGACAAUAUUAAGCAGAUACUUUCUCACAUGCUUCUGCAACCUGGCCCACUGGAUCAGAUUCCGGAUUUCCACAGCAUAAUUGAAAACUUGCAGAAGGACGUUGACAAUCUCACUGAAAGCCUGCAAAAGAGAACGGAAGUGCAUCGCAGGAUGAAUUAUUUGCAAUUCAAGGAUUUUUUCAGCAAAAUAAAGAAUUAUCAUCAAAUCAUGUUGGCUGCUGAUAAGAGAAUCAACGAAACGAGAACUAUGCUAGUUCAUGGAGGAAAAAUAAGGAGCAACGCGUUUGCCCUGCUCGAUGAUCUGGACACCCAGGAAAACGUUACGCUGAACCAUCUGAAAACGUUCACAAUUUCAGAAAUUGAAAAUAUCAAUGAAAAAGUAUGUGGGAUGCCAGGAAACGUCUCGUGUGCCAUGGCAGAGUGUGGCGGGGCUUUAUGUCGUGACAGUCAGGGCAAUAAACACUGUGGUGGUCCAAACUGUGAUGGGGCAUACCCCCUUUCUACCAACACCUUUAGAAAAGCUGAUCGCACGGGCCUGCUGUUAAGUAACCUAACCAAUCAGAUGCAAGGAUCUCAGAAUAAGAUCAAAACUAUAAGGAAAAUGGCUGAAGACACUAAGGAGAAAACAUUGGAGAUUCAUGGAAAACUGGAGAAAAGUAAAUAUCAAAUCGAAAACGAAAGAGAAAGCAUGAAAAAGCUGAUCAAGAGACUAAGGAACUUUUUGCUAGAGGAAAGUGCCCCACCGGAGGAUAUAGAAAAAGUUGCAAAUUAUGUUCUGGCCAUCAAGAUGGAUGAGGGACCUCGGGAGCUGCUAGACCUGCUCAACAACCUCAAGAGUCUCAUGACACAUUGUGAGGACCGCACAGAAUAUACCAAAAACUUAAAGAAACGAAAGGAAGAGGCAGAGAAGCUUUUGAAGAAAGCCCAAGAAGCUGAGGGUAAAACGAAAGCUCUCACCGCAUCUGACAAAAUUAUAACCCACCUGAAAGAAGUAGAAAAUACUCAGAGAAAAGCCCAAGAUGCCUUGGCAACUUUCAACGAGAAAAUAGAAGAAACCAUAACCAAUAUUUCAGAGGCUGAGAACCAAAUGAAGAAGGCUGACACGGAGUUGCAAGCUUUUCCAGGAAAACAGUCCAAGCUGGCAGAUGAAAUAAGUUCCUUGAAGACCAAAAUGGAGAGGAACAGAAUCCAAGCCACAGAUGCAAGAUCAAAGGCAGAAGAAGCCCAAACUCAAGCAACAGCUAGUAAUAAGGAACUUGCUAAUCUUGAACAUGAAUACAGUAACUUGCAAGACAAACUCCUGACCACCGGAUUUUCAUUAGAAAUCUUGGAGAAACUCAACUGGUUGAAAAAAGAGGCAGAAGAAUUGGCUAAUGAGACUGCAGAGAAAGCGAAAAGAAUCACAGAUCUGGAAAAGAAGAUACAAGAUCUGAACCAGAUUAAACAGGAGAAAGCUGAUCAGCUGAAGCAACUGGAGGACCAAGUUAUAGCUAUUAAAAAUGAGAUCGCUGAGGAAUCCAACAGAUAUGCUAUUUGUAAAAGUUAGAUUCCAAGAAGACGACAUCUUGCGGGAAAUCGCUGAAUUUGUUCAGUCUGUAAAUGGUUUGUAAUAAUGAUGAGCAUUAGAUAAGCUACGUAGUUAUUAUAACGCAAAGGUGGUACAGUAUAUACUGUAUACAGGUAGUCCUCGAUGUACGACCACAAAGGAGCCCAACGGUUCUGUUGCUAAGCAAGACAUUUGUUGAGUGAAUUUUCAUGACCUUUCCUGCCACCGUUGUUAAGUGAAUCACUGCAGUUCUUAAGUUAGUCACACGGUUGUUAAGUGAAUCCGGCUUCCCCAUUGAUUUUGCUUGUCAGAAGGCCGCAAAAGGGGAUCACAUCAUAAAUACGAGUCAGUUGUCAAACAGCUGGAGUUUGAUCACGUGACCAUGGGGAUGCUGCAAUGAUCGUAAGUGUGGAAAAACGGUCAUGAGUCACUUUUUUCCAGUGCCAUUGUAACUUCGAACGGUCACUAAAUGAAUUGUUGUAUGUGGAGGACUAGCUGUACUUAGUAGACGGUGUUCUGAGGUAAAUCUUACUCCCAUUUAUUCCAAAGCACGUCUCUUUAAAUUCAGAGCCUCAUUCUAAGAAUAUACAGUUAGUCCUUGGCAAGCGACUCAUAUUUAUGACGGUUCCAUGGUCCCGGGAUCAAGUGAUACCCUUUUGUGAUCUUCUGACAAGUAAAGUUGAUGGGGAAAGCCUGAUUCACUUAACAACCGUGUUUAUAACUUAACAAUAACGAGCACAUCGGCACCAACUAUCUUACAAGAAUGCAGGUUGUGAGGAUCUAAGUUUUACCUCAGGUAAUCCUCGAUUUAUGACCACAACUGAGUCCAAAAUUUCUGUUGCUAAGUGAGAGAGUUGUUAAGUGAGUUUUGGCUCACUGUACGACCUUUCUUGCCCCCACCGUUAAGUGAAUCACUGCAAGAUUGUUGGUGCCUAUGUGCUCGUAUGUAUCAUGCAUUGUUUUCACUAUGAGAUAGGCCCAUCCGCAGUUUCCACUACCGAUUCGCUCAAACCGGUCUGAACCGGCUCUGCUUAUGACCAUUGCAGUAUCCCCAUGUGCCCGUGAUCAAAAUUUGGAUGCUUGGCAACUAGUUCAUAUUUAUGACGGUUGCAGUGACGUCAUCCCCUUUUGUGACUUUCUUGACAACCCAAAUCAAUGGGGAAGCUAGAUUCACUUAACAACCGUGUUACUCACUGAACAACUGUGAGGUUUCACUUAACCACAGUGGCAUGGCAAGAAAGGUCAUAAAAUGGGACAAAAUUCACUUACCAACUGUCUUGCUCAAGCCAAUUUUAUGAGUCUAUGUUUCAAGUCACGGUUUUGUUCCGCCCGAGCAGGAAAUUAUAAGGAACAGUAUUAAAGGGUGCAAAUUGAUUUGAAAGAGACACCUCGCAACUUGCCCCUCCCCAGAAGUUUAUUUUAAGAUUCUUAAAGCAGUUGGGUCAAAUCAGGUAGCUACUUUCCUGGUUCACAAGAGGUACUUCAAACAUACUUCAAUAGUAGGCAAAGCACUUCUAAACCAUUUUGAAUUAAGCUCAAACCUGUGCAUGUACAGACAUACAAUUUUCUUCUCUGUAAGGUUCCAGGUGUGCAUACACAGAGCAUUGUUUAACAUUCCCCUCCAAAUUUACUAAAACUAGGGUAAUCCUUUUUUGCACAUAUUAAUUUAAAGCUAAAUAAGAUUAAAAUGGUGUGGCUGUUGCUUUAAUAUACUCAAACAUCUUAAGCAGCUAGAUAGAAGUUGUUUUGGUCAUAAACCACAGUUCAAUUUUUAAUUGGCUUGGAAGUUAUAGCAACACUACCUAUUCCACAUAUUACAAUGAUACAAAUUCUCAGUGUGCGAACGUACACACACACUUGCCUGAACAAAAUUUGAUCGUUGUGUUUGUGUUGAUUCUGUUGUUCAUUGGAUCAUUUUAGUCUGGGCUGCUUGUCUGAUUUAAUGUUUUUAGAUUUUUUUUGAUUGUUUU